AGGGCUGCUCUGGCCGGCAGCGACGGCGCAAGAUGGCGGAGGAAGGCUCGGUGUGCAGCUUCGUCUUCAAGAAACGGGGUCUGGCGGCGGGUAGAGGCCGGCGGAAGCGGCCCAGCAGCGACCAGGAGCAUGAGAGCAGCGGUGAGGAGGGCAGCACGGUGGUGCGGAAGGAGCGGCGGCGGGAGGCCCCCAACCCCAUGAUCCAGAAGACCAGGAGGUGCACGAAGGAGCGGCCCUCGUACGCGCUGAGCAGCAGCGAUGAGGAUGAUCCAUCGAAGGAGAUCGGAGUCACCUACAGAUCAACAAGGUCGGCGAAACCUGUUGGCCCAGAAGACAUGGGGGCCACAGCAGUGUAUGAACUGGACACAGAGAAGGAUAAAGAUGCCCAGGCCAUCUUCGAGCGCAGCCAGAAAAUCCAGGAGGAACUGAGAGGAAAAGAAGAUGAUAAAAUUUACCGUGGUAUUAACAACUACCAGAAGUAUGUGAAGCCCAAAGACACAUCAAUGGGAAAUGCCUCUUCAGGAAUGGUCAGAAAAGGACCCAUCCGUGCUCCAGAGCACCUGCGGGCCACGGUGCGGUGGGAUUACCAGCCAGACAUCUGUAAGGACUACAAAGAAACGGGGUUCUGCGGCUUUGGAGACAGCUGCAAAUUCCUCCACGACCGCUCAGACUACAAACACGGCUGGCAGAUAGAACGGGAACUGGAUGAAGGCCGCUAUGGAGUCAAUGAUGAAGAAAACUAUGAGGUGAGCAGUGAUGAGGAGGAUAUGCCUUUCAAAUGCUUCAUCUGCAGAAGUUCCUUCAAGAACCCCGUGGUCACCAAAUGUAGGCAUUACUUCUGUGAGAGCUGUGCCCUCCAGCACUAUCGCAAAUCCCAGCGCUGCUACGUGUGUGACAAGCAGACCAAUGGAGUCUUCAACCCAGCAAAAGAGCUCAUGGCAAAAUUGGAAAAACACAAAGGGGAGGAGGAAGAGGAGGAGGAGUCAGACCACUCAGACCAUGGAGAAGACCCGCACUAGCAGAGCACUGUUUUGUAUGGAGCCAAAUAAAGUUUUCAUGGGAACAAA